CGAGCCUCGGGCGCGUACAUAUAGGCGGCUCGGCGGGCGGCGGGCGGCAUUCUGGCGCGGAGCGCAGCAGCGGCGGGCGCGGCUAGCGGGUCGGCUGCGGAGCGGGGGUGCAGCGCGCUUUGCCCCCCGUACCCCUCCCCCUCGGACGCGGCCCCACCCCUCUGCCCGCCGGGCCGUCCCAGCCGAACUAUCCCCUGCGGCGCCAGCGCGGGGCGGCUCCGGGCGCCCCCAGCAGACCCCCAUCAUGGGCAGCCAGAGCUCCAAGGCUCCCCGGGGCGACGUGACCGCCGAGGAGGCAGCGGGCGCUUCCCCCGCGAAGGCCAACGGACAGGAGAAUGGCCACGUGAAAAGCAAUGGAGACUUAACCCCCAAGGGUGAAGGGGAGUCACCACCCGUGAACGGAACGGAUGAGGCAGCUGGGGCUACUGGUGAUGCCAUCGAGCCAGCGCCCCCUAGCCAGGAAGCUGAGGCCAAGGGGGAGGUCGCCCCCAAGGAGACCCCCAAGAAGAAGAAGAAAUUCUCAUUCAAGAAGCCUUUCAAAUUGAGUGGCCUGUCCUUCAAGAGAAAUCGGAAGGAGGGUGGGGGUGAUUCCUCAGCGUCCUCGCCAACAGAGGAAGAGCAGGAGCAGGGGGAAAUCAGCGCCUGCAGCGAUGAGGGCACUGCCCAGGAAGGGAAGGCGGCUGCCACCCCUGAGAGCCAAGAGCCCCAGGCCAAGGGGGCAGAGGCUGGUGCUGCCUCCAAGGGAGGAGACACAGAAGAGGAGGCAGGGCCCCAGGCUGCAGAGCCAUCCACUCCCUCUGGCCCAGAGAGUGGUACCGGAUCUGCCAGUGCUGAGCAGAAUGAGUAGCUGCAUGGGGGCAGGUGGGUGACCUCUAAGCUGCAAAAACUGUGCUGUCUGUGAGGUCACUGCCUGGACCUCGUGCCCUGGCUGCCUUCCUGUGCCCGGAAAGGAAGGGGCUUGUUGCCUGCCCCCUCCCAGCCUCGCUCCCUUUUCUCCCUCAUGUGGAUUCUCCCAGCAGCCAUUUGGUCUUACUCUUAAGGCCAGUUGAAGAUGGUCCCUUACGGUUUCCCAAGUUAGGUUAGUGAUGUGAAAUGCUCCUGUCCCUACCUCCUUCCCGAGCCCAUCCCUGCAGAAGGCAAUUGCUGGGUUUCCAAUUCUUUUCCAAGUUCGUUUUGUUUAUCCUGCUUUUCAAUCCCGAGCCAGAAGUGGGGGCUUAUACUCCCAAACCCUGAGUGUCCAGCCUUUCCCCUGUUGAAUUCUUAGUCUCUUGUGCUGUGCCUAGUGGCACCUGGGCUGGGGAGGACAUUGCCCCUGUCUGGGUUUUUAUAAAUGUCUUACUCAAGUUCAAACCUCCAGCUUGUGAAAUCAACCAUGUCUCUGACUUGAUAAGCAAGUAUUAGGCUUCAGGCGGGAGGGAGGUCGGUAAUGUGAAACAGCUUCUUCUUGUCUUUUUUUCCCCCUCCCAUUGUUGUAAAUAACUUUUAAUGGCCAAACCCCAGAUUUGUACUUUUUUUUUUCUAACUGCUAAAACCAUUCUUCCACCUGGAUUUAUUGUAACAUUUGGAAAAGGAAUAAAUGUUGUCCCUUUA